AUGUGUGACUCACUAGCUGAGAAUAAACGCUACAGUCGGUGCCUAUUCAGCAGUUUCUUUCUUUCUUUUUUGAUUUUUCUCUCAAUUCUUCUUUUUCUUUCUCUUUUUCUAUUCUUUCUUUCUUUUUGCGCAUUCACCUUUAUUUCUUAUGUUUAUAUCUUCAUUUUGUUUAUUCCCUCUUUCUUUUCUUUUUACAUUUUCUUUCUUUCUUUUGUUUAUUCAUUCGUUUUCUUUCUUUCUUACUUUCUUUCUUUCUUUCUUUCUUUCCUUCUUUCUUUCUUUCUUUCUUUUGCUUAUUCUUUCGUUCUUUUCCUUUUUCAUUUUCUUUCUUUCUUUCUUUUUUAUUUAUUCCUUGGUUUUCUUUCUUUCAUUGGUUUCUUUCUUUCGUUUAUUCCCACUUUUUUCUUUUUAUUCGUUACUUCUUUCUUUUUAUUUUUCUCUCUUUAUUGCUUUUGUUUAUUUCUUCAUUUUCUUUCUUACUUUUCUUCUUUUGUUUAUUCUUUCCUUCUUUUCCUUUUUCAUUUUCUUUCUUUAUUUCUUUUGUUCCGUCUUUCUGUUCCUUUUAAUUUUCUACCAUUAUUUCUUUGGUUUAUUCUUUCUUUCUUUCUUUCUUUCCUUCUUUCUGUCUUUCUUUUGUUUGUUCCCCCUUUUUCUUUUCCUUUUUCAUUUUCUUUCUUUAUUUCUUUGUUUUAUUUCUUCAUUCCUUUCUUCUUUCUUUCUUUCUUUCUUUCUUUCUUUCUUUCUUUCUUUCUUUCUUUCUUAACAUACACGGGACUGAAUAUUUCUUUAUCAACAUAA